AACUCCCAUCUUACAAAAACUACUCCACGUGUCACGAAACUGUGCUCUUAGAGCACCCAAAAGAGGGGAAUUAAAAAAAAGGGGAAAUGCAAAAAGGUUCGUAAUGUGCAAGAAAGAAAAAGCGUUUUGAAAAGAGCUUUAAAAAGCCCAAAAUCUUCAAAGAAAAGAUAAAAGAAAAAGGAGCAGAGCGAUGAGCCAAUCUCCAUCUUCUUCUUCUUCAUCUUCGCCACAGUUGUCGCCACCACUAGAGAUCGAUGAAAGCCUGACCCUAAUUCCAGGCCUGCCAAACGACGUCGCAACGUUGAUCAUUUCCUUCGUCCCUUAUUCCCACCAUGGUCGACUCAAAUCCACCUGUAAAUCAUGGAGGCUUUUCCUCUCUUCCAAAACCCUAAUCACCCUCCGCCAUAUCCACCACCGAAGAAAGCUCUCCCACCUCCUCUGUAUCUUCCCACAAGACCCUUCCCUCGUCUCUCCUUACCUCUUCGACCCAAACAAUCUCGCUUGGUCCGCUCUCCGUCCCAUGCCCUGCAGCCCCUACGUGUACGGCCUCUGCAACUUCACCUCCAUCUCCGUGGGUCCCUAUCUCUACGUCAUCGGCGGCUCCUUAUUCGAUACUCGCUCCUUCCCCAUGGACCGCCCGUCUCCUUCUUCGUCCGCAUUCCGCUUCGAUUUCCGAACCUCCUCGUGGGAACGCCUCGCCCCGAUGCUAUCCCCUCGCGGGAGCUUUGCUUGCGCGGCUCUGCCGAAUUCCGGUCAGAUUUUGGUCGCGGGUGGCGGGUCGCGCCACUCUCUGUUCGCUGCCGCAGGCAGUAGGAUGAACUCGGUGGAGAGGUACGAUAUCGUGAAAGACGAGUGGGUUGCUCUGGAUGGUUUGCCGAGCUUCCGAGCAGGGUGCGUGGGAUUCUUUGUGAAGAAUGGGGAGGAGGAGAGGGAGUUUUGGGUGAUGGGCGGCUAUGGCGAAGCGAGAACGAUAUCGGGUGUAUUUCCGGUGGAUGAGUACUACAGGGAUGCGGUGGUUAUGGAAUUGAAGAACGGGAAUGGUGGCGGAAAUUGGCGGGAGGUUGGGGAUAUGUGGGAUGAUGGGGAGAGAACGAGGCUUGGGAAGAUCGUCGUCAUCGAGGACGACGAGGAUCGCGGACGUCCCGGCGUCUACAUGCUUGAUGGGAAUGACAUACUCAGAUAUGAUAUGGCUUCAAAUCGCUGGUGUGAGGAAUCACAUGUACCUAGAAAGGCUCCUUCAGACUCAUCAUUUGGUUUUGUGGUGUUGGAUGGAGAACUGCAUGUAAUAUCCCUUCUUAAGGCGGUUAGGUCUGCAGAAACUCGAAGGUUGCGGCACCACAAGAAGCCAGGAACAUUAUACAUCCAAAUCUACAACCCCAAGAGGAAGUCAUGGAGAUCUCUCAUAACAAAGCCGCCAUUUCAGGAUCCCUUGGAUUUUAAUACUGCAGUUAUUUGCACAAUUCGUUUGUGAACAAAUAUUAGUUGUUUUUCCUAGUGCAAAUAAUUGUACCAAUUGAUUUGUAGGUUGUUCAUGUGGUUUAAUUUGGUACCUCAUAUCGCAUAUUUGUAUAGGUCACCCAUGUACUGACUUGACUAAUAUGGAUCCGUGUAUUGAUGGUGCUUCAUGGGUGAAAGUGUCAUAUAUUGUAAUAGUUGUCAGUUGUUACCUGGAAAUAGUAAAUAAAUAAACAUUGUUUGUGUAAA